CAAAGGGUCCGGCAAGGUAUAUAAACUCUGCCGUGGAUCAUCUUCUCAGUUCGCUCCGCGUCUUCGGUCAUAACAGCAAUAUGAAUUACCACCAGUUAACGACGGGGCUGUUGCUGCUCUCGUGUCUCAGCAGCGAUGCACUUGCUGGAUUGUUGCCGGGUGGUGGCGCCGGUGGAAGUGGCUACCAGUACAAUAGACCAGGCGGAGGAGGGUUCGGCGGUUCCGGCGGUUUCGCAGGGGAUGUAGGCGGCGGUGGCGGCGGCGGCUUCAGGAGACCCACGACGUCCUACGGACCGCCCGGGGGUGGCGGUGACGGUGGUGGAUUCCCCGGUGGUCGUCCUUCCACCAAUUAUGGAGCUCCUGGACAAUUCGGCGGUGGUCCUGGUGGCUACCAAGGUGGAGGAGACGGAGGGUACCAAGGUGGAUUCGGAGGUGGAUAUGGACGUGACAAUGGCAGACCUCAGCCGUACAGCUUCCAGUACGAGGUGUACGAUCCCCCAAGCGGCAACGACUACUCCCAGCGUGAAAGCAGCGACGGUAAUGUGGUAACAGGGGAGUACAGAGUCUUGUUGCCCGACUCGAGGACGCAGAUCGUGAAGUACAUGGCCGACGACGCUAACGGUUACACCGCUGACGUUCAGUACGAGGGACAGGCGCAAUUUAGCCGCGGAGGCGCCGGUGGAUACGGUGGCGCCGGUGGAUAUCAAGGUGGCGCUGGUGGUUACCAAGGCGGCGCUGGUGGAUACCAAGGUGGAAGGGGUGGUUUCGGCGAUGCCGGCAGCAAUCAGUAUCUCCCACCACGCUCCAGUUACCGGAAAUGAUUGUGAUAACAUCAGAAAGUGACACAUCCCCCCGUAUGCUGGGCGACAACCAUCACGGACCUCCCUCGUUUUUACAGCUUUUUUUUACCUUCUUUUGUAUACACUGAAUAAUCUUAUACCACUGAGUCACAUUGCACAUUUACAUUUAAUAAUCACCCACUGGUAUUUAUCUUGUAUAUCGAUUAGGAUAAUUUAAUGAAUCUUGUAUGCGCGUAUUGUACUCCACGUAACUUUGUAUGUAUACAUUUACUUUGUACAUGGUAAUUCAUUUUUUUAUUGUGAAACAUACGCUUGUACCUUCUGCUGAGCGAUGAUCGUCGGACUUCUAUACUUGUGUACGUAUUUAUGCGAGCUUGUAGUAAAGCAGGAAUGAAGUAACCUUUAUACUGAAA